ACGUGAUGCCGCCACACCUCGAGAGCGUCUUCCCGAAGAACGACGACUCACACGCCACGGGAGGAGCCAGGAUCGAGGUCACGCCCUCCAGGAACCAGCUGACAACCUCAACAACUAUCGCCACCACCACUCUGCCACCGCGGCGUUGUCAGGGGCUGGACGUUAGCAUCUGUUCCAUCCUGCACCACAACGUCACGUCGUAUCCGAAUCUCCUUGGCCAUGUGGAUAACGCGGCGGUGGAGAAGGAUAUUAUAGCCAUCAGAGAGGUGAUCGACGCCGAGUGCCACCCUCUCGCCCACGAAUUCCUGUGCGAACUCCUCCAGCCGGACUGCCGAAGAGCCCAGGUCAUGUCCCCGAGCGGCGUGUUCGAGGACGAGCUCCUGAAGCCCUGCCGCGACUUCUGCGAGGAGGUUCUGAGCACCUGCGGACGCCGCCUGCCCCCCCACCUGCGGCUGGCCAUCGACUGCGCCAGUUUCCCGUCGCUGGUCAACGGAGACGAGUGCACCGCCAAGCCAGGCUGCGCUCGAGAACUGCGCGUAAAAGGCUGGCCAGAAAGAGUGUGUGAUGGCGUUGUCGACUGCGCUGAUAUCUCUGACGAAGACAAGUGUUCGGGAUGUUCAUCGGAGAGCUUCAGGUGCGGCUCCAGUGCCACCUGCGUGCCCCAGGAGCGCCGAUGUGAUGGCCUCGAGGACUGCGCGAACGGUGCCGACGAACGUGGAUGCUUAUCUCUGACGCCUACGCCCACGGACCCCGACGCCCUGAAGAACCAACAGUGGAUCAAGUACAACCGCGAGGGCCUCCUGCGCUACACUGAAGGAGGAAUGCCGUCCAGGGUAUGCGUCGACAACAUCAACAAAACGCUGACGACGCAGGAGGCGCAUCAGCUGAUUCACAACAUGGCGGAAGUCACGUGCGAUUUGCUCUCCUACGGCGGAGUCGAGCUCGUCGAGGUGGUGACGGAGGAUGUGUUCGAUCACGUGCCCGGCCUCGGCUACGUCCAGAUAACAGACGUGUAUUCCACUAACAUCACUUUCGAACCUGUGAACUGCACGCGUCGGACCGUAGUGUAUAUGUCCUGUUCUGAACUGGCGUGUGGAGUGCGCCCCCUGUUCGUCCCUCCUCGCAACCCCGUUAUAAGCAACAGCGUCGUGAGAACAGCGCAGAGUGGAGACUGGCCUUGGUCGGCGGCGCUCUUGAAGGACGGGGUUCAUGCCUGCGACGCCACGCUCAUACACCCUUCCUGGCUCCUGACAACGUCGCUGUGUUUCCAAGGGCAAGGACGGGCGCUGUGGAUGGCAAGAUUGGGCGCCGUCAGGAUCUCCUCACAGGCUCCGUGGGUGCAGGAGCGGCUCAUCGUGGGUAUGGUCAAGUCUCCGGUGGAAGGCAGUCAGAUCGUGCUCAUUAAGCUGGCGGAUUCGGAAGUGGAGCUGAGUGACUACGUGCGACCUGCCUGUCUGGGAUCCCACACCUCCGUCGGACAGCUCCUGAAGCGAGAGUGCCGGGCCUUGGGGUGGGGAGCGAGACGCGACCCUCUGGUGGAGCUGACCCUCCGCGUCGCAACCUCCGCCACGGCCUGCAAGCACCUCCAUGGAAACAAAGACAACACUAUCUGCGCACAACAAAUUACUCCCACGGAUCGCUGUCUUCUCGAAGAACAAAGCGGAGGCGGUCUCCUGUGCGAGUGGGCGGGGCGAUGGGAGCUGGUGGGCGUGGCCACCCUACCCACAGGGUGUGCCCAGGGCUCCCGCGCCCGCCUCUACGACGACAUAACUCCAACAACUGUCAGGUGGAUUAAGAAGACGAUCGCCGCCUUUGCCAGGGGGGCGUAACACCCUAACGCCGCCGCCGAGGGGGAUCUGAUCGCCUUUUCUCCAGUGGGGUAAAAUUCUUUUUGGAACCAGCCUGUUAUUUAUUUUGCCCAAAAAAAGAAAAAAAAAGAAAAAAAAAUGCUGAAAACAGAAUGAAAAUACUUUGGAAAAUAAUCAUGAUGAUGAUAAACUAAUGUGGAUGGGAGACGAGUGUGCAAACUUUGAAAGACCUAGAAAAAAAGAGAAAAAAAAAUGACACACGCGAAGAAAAUAUACAUACGUCUGAAAUAAAUGAAAAAAAAUAUAUAUACAAGAUCUGAAGAAGAGAAAAAAUAUAUAUAUAAUGGCUGGUUCCUAUCAUAGCGUUUUCCUCUUGACAAGUCCAAGCAAUGGGUGGCUUCGAGACUGUCUGUCUGUCUGUCUGUCUUUCCCUAGCGACAGACAGACACAAAGCCUUCAAAAAGCCACCGUUAUGCGCACAAUAGACCGCCCUUGCCGACUUUUUCGCGCUUACCUACCUACAAGGUGUUUAUUUACAUAUCACUUUUACAACGUCUUUAGUUUUUUUGAUGAAAUCCCAUGACAACCAUAUCCAAUACAUAUCCUAAGAGUUACCAGUUUGAUAUAUAUUGAAAAAAAAUUAUAUUGUAGUUUAUGAAUGUUAAUGAAUGAUUGUUGCAUUGAUGGAGAGAAUUUAAAGGAAAAAAAAAACUAUGAAUUGUUAUUCCGGAAAGUAUGUUAAGCUUGUAUGGGUGUUUCACAGAGCUGUGUAAUACCUUCUUGCCACUUCUCAUUUUCUUUUAAAAUUUUCUUUCUCGUUAGUUAUCCCAUGAACUAGCACCAUUUCAACCCGAACAAAUAUAUCUUUCUGAAAAGAGGAUCAUCCAAACGCGAUGACAUCCUAGCAUUUAAAAACACAUCAAAACCUCGUAUUGAUGGACAAAACCUAAGCUAAACAAAAGAAAAAGAAAAAAAAUGUAAGGUCUGUUGGAGGUGACGGGGGGACUGACCUAAAAAUCUUCAUGUGUUGUGUAUAGUUGUAGCUUAGCAAGGGAGCCUGUUUCCUGUCAGCUUACGGACAGCAUAUAUGUUGGUUAACCUCGUGACUAUGAAAGAGCUCUGUGUCAGUGUCUCCCGGCAGUUUUCUUAACUGCAAUUAGAUGACGUGUACAUUAGUGAUUACCUUCUCCACCCCCUUAACCCCCCCCCCCUACCUUCCCUCCCGGCUGUGUGGACAGCGUUGUGCACUAGUGAUAUAUAUAUAUAUUUCUGUUGUUUUUUUCUUGUUUUUUGUUUUUUGUUUUGGUUCUUAAUGCUCCCCGUAUGUAAUAGUGUGCGCUAGUGGUUCCUUGAGAUGUGUGUGGAGUACGUGUGUGUUAAUGAUACUAAGGCGCUCUUUGCUGGUGGUUCCGUGUCUCUGUGUGCUUCUCCUAAAGGUGUUUGAACCAUACAUGACUUCUGCUGACUACGCCCACUAAGGUAUAAAUAGGAUUGUUUUCCUUGUCAUAUAUGGCUCAAUAAAUGCUUGAACCAUGACAAAAAAAAUAUAUAUACCGUAUUCGUAAAUGUUGUACAGGAAGGAGAGGAGGAGGAGAAGAAGAGAGAAAAAAAAAAUGUGGCUUCUUGGUUACCGUGCGAACUGUCUCUGGUUUCAGAGAAUAAUUUUAUAAUCUUACAAUGACCUGUUGUAAAGAAACACAUAUCCAAAACUUAGAAGUAAAGUGUUUCUAUGCUCUGUCUGGUUUUAUUUGGACGUAAGUGGUUUGUGUAUGACGAGUUACAAUAUACAAACUUACUCCAAUGAACAAAUGUUGCAUUCUGUCACUCUCGGAUCUUUUUACUCGUAGCCAAAGAUCUGGCGGGAAUAUAUCAUAAGCUUUAAUUAUUUUUGACACAUGUAUACUUGUAUAGAAUUUUUCGGGUGUUAUAAGUAUAUAUUUUGCUUUCUACUCCAUUAUUGAUGGGAUUAUUUUCUUUGCUAUAGUAUAUCUGCAUGGCAAAGUAAAGAGAUGAAUGUAAGGUAGGAGUUAUCGGAAAAAAUAUGGAGAGAGAGAGAGAGAGAGAAAGAGAGAGGAAGUGUUGCAAAGUGCGAGAACAGAUACAGGCGAUACAUUUGCACUGAGAUUUCUGUAUAUUUACACUACAUUGUGAGAUAGAGGAUCUGCAUAUUUUUGGUAUUAACUGACUUUCGUAGCGCUGUUUUUUGGGGCGACUGAGUCCAAUACAGCGAAGGUAGGGCAGAGUGGCAGAGCGAAAGAGAGAAAGAGAGAGAGAGAAAGAAUAGGAGUGUAUAGGCUAUGCGCAGGAAACCUUUAUGUCAAACUGCCUAUUCUUGAUGUGAAAAAUCGAGUCACUUCAUUGCAGUGGCUUUUUUUUUUCGAUAUUGCUGACGUGAAAAAAGUAAUUUAAGAUAGAUAAUAUAAAGCGAAAUGAAAGGUUAAUGUGCAGUGACGUGAUACUACGAAUUUCCACGAUGUUCAUACACAUAACAUAGUUUAUUUGGCACAAAUGACAGGAGAAUCACAAACGUAUUUAUUAUUUAUUUAUUCAUAUAUAUCUCAACUGACACAUUAACCUGAGACUAAUGUCACAUCGAAAAAUCAUUCUGUUCAUUUACAGUUCAUGAGUUCAAAAAAUUGAAAAAAAAAAAUAUCGUUACAAAAUUGGCAUACGUUAAAACCGUUAGAUCUCUUCUUGAUUUUCAAAACUAAACCAAAGUCUUAUACGGAAUAGGCAGUUGAUAAACCUUCCCAGGCUGAGACAGGGUCCAUUGGUAUGCAGGAUGCUUUCUUAAUGAUUCCUAAUUGAGAAAGAAAGAAAGAGAGAAAAAAAGAGAAAGAGAGAGAAGAAAAAAAGACUAUAAGUACCACAAGACGCCAUGAUAUGACGUCACUCCCGCGAACGGAUUCGGUGUGACGUCACUAGUAUAAUAUUGCUAGAUGGAUCUGUUUUAUAUGUGUACUAUUAGCUGAAUAGACUAAGAGCCAGUAUGCUUUAAAUACCAGGCAAACGUGUAUGUGCAUAUGAAAUAAUAUAUAUAUAUAAGCCUGGGAUGAUUUAAGCGAUACUGUGCCCUGGCCUAAAAGUUCAUGUAAUGUGCCAGUUUUUCUGUAAUGCCUAAAAUAUUGACAUAUUUUUGUUGAAUCAUUUAUUGAAAUAUAUGUGAGAUAUUUUCGUAGAUAUUAAGUAACAACCGCAGGGUGUACAUAAUGGUUAUUUGAACUGAUCUCAUCCUAUUCAUAAAAAUUGACGGUUUCAUCAAAGUUCUUUAAAAAAGAGAGAAAAAGACGAUAUUCGGUUGAACAGCCGUACAUGGAAAGCUAUAAAGAAAUAUAGAUAAAAACAAAAAACAUAUACAGAAUGCUGAAUUCAUC